GACACGGACAUUCUUUUUCCUGUCAAUAACUAGUGCUGAAAGAACAGCUCCUUUACACUUCUGCAGUCUGACAGCUACAUAAGGACUUAAGGAACAUGUGAUUUCAAACAGAAAAACUGCAAGAUUAAUAAGGUUUAUUAGCAAAGAAGGAAGGACAGGGAGACACCCAGUGGCAGACAGCUAUAGUGCAGUUUCUUGAAGUCAGAGCAUAUCUUAAGGAGGGAGCACUCCAGUCCAUAAGUAGUGAUCUGAAGGACAAGAGCAAUAUAGGACAGAAACAGGAACUGGGCUGCAGCCAACCAUUUGGACAAUCUGCAAGUGGACUCUGCUCAAGGAUGCUGAAGCUCCUUAAUAUUGUUGCCCCAGCUUACUUUCUUUGUGGUGCUGCUGUGACAUUUGCACUCCAGCUUUUCCUCUUCAUCCCUGCAAUCUUUGGGUAUCCCUCUACAAGCAUCCCUCCUUUUACACUCUUCCACGGUGUGCUGUUUCUCUUCCUGGCCACCAAUACAAUGGGGAACUAUAUCCUAACCAUUCUGAACCCCUCAGAAUGUGUGCAAGACAGUACUUUUGACAAGAAGGCUACAGAUCAAGCAGAUGGAGUGGAUAACCAGCUAAUAAAAGCGACCCACUUUUGCAAGCUGUGCAGUAAGGUAAUCUGGAAACGUGACCAUCAUUGCUUAUUUACUGGCAACUGCAUCGGAAAGAGGAAUCUGCGGUAUUUCAUCAUGUUCUGUCUCUAUACCUCUCUCACCUGCCUGUACUCCCUCGUGUUGGGUGUUGCUUAUCUCACUCUGGAAUAUGCACUUUCCUUUGGGAGCCCACUAACUUUUCUUACACUGCUGCCUCUCCUUCCAGCUCUUCAGUCUAGUCUGUCUCUUGACCUUAGAACCUUGUCUGACCACUAUUUAGGAGAUUCAGCAGCCAUCUCGCCCACUGCUGCUAUUGUGAACAGACCUUAUCACUCCAACCCAGUUCAUGGGGAUAAAGAGGAUAAGCUUCUGGACAGUCUGGAUUCCAACGUUCAAGAUAUUGAUCCUUCAAGUAGCAUUAGCUUUGAUCCCAAAUCAGAGUCUUAUGGAAACUUUAGACUUUAA